AUGGAUAUUUUUUCAACUCAAAAAAAACAAUCCCAACUAGAAAGUAAAAGUCCUAAUAACAAUAAUAAUAAUAAUAAUAUGUCAUUACCUCCAUUUAACGAAUUUAUUUCAUCCCAAACAUCAUUGUCUCAGAAAAUUAAAGUUAUUGAUAUAUUAUUUGAACAUAGCGAUUCAUUAAUAUUCUUUAUUUUAAAGCACAAAGUUUUCAAGAUUGCUAAUGACCAAGAUAUUGGCAAUGUUCUUAGAGAUAGUAAGGAUGGCAAAAGUAACAUAAUAAUGAUUGACACAUACCCGAAAUACAUUGAAUUAGUGAGACAAAGACUAUUAACCAUUGUUGAUCUGGCUGAACAAGAGGGUAUUUCGUCUUUUAAAAUAGACCAUCUAACGGAUAUUAUUGGUUCUCAUCCAAGAUUAGGAGGAUCAUCGUCAAACAAAACUUGCGCCAAUACUUUAAAUGGUGGUACUGAAGACAUAAGCAUACACUCUUUGAACGAACAAAAAAGUUUAAAUUCCAAGGAUGACCCAGAAACAAACAAAAAAUUAAUUGCAUUGAAUGAUGAGUAUGAAUCAAGAUAUGAAGGCUUGAAAUUUGUGUGUUUUGUUAAUGGGAGAACUAGAGCUAAGAUUAUUCAAAUUAUGGAAAGUAGAAUCAAUAGUGGAAAUAGUUGGUUUGAUGAAGUUAGAAUUGGUAUCAAUGAGAUGUGUGAUAUUGCUAUCGAUAGGGCUAAAAAGUAUACUGAUAACAAACAAUAUUUAUGA